UGGGAGCAUGGCCAAUUAAGAGCGAGGACUAUUGAGGCCAGCAUAUUUGUGAUGGAGAUGCGGGGAUAGUGGAGAGGGAUAAGGCGGCUUACAGGUCACAGUUUUUCACUCGAUUGAAGGACUGCGGGGUUCUUUUUUUCUGCCAGUCUUCGCGAAUUGACAUUUCAGAAAACAAAUGCUCGGAAAGUGUAACUGGUUACUGGAGAAGAGAAAAGGAAAUUGUGGUGUAAAAAUAGCUGGGCGUCCCGGUGUUAACAGGUUAGACUAUGGACGAUUCUGUAGUUGAGGAAGAACUGGCCAAGGCAGUCGCUUUAAAUUUGUUGCUUGUGAUGUUGAUGGUGCUUCAUCUGAAUUUCUCUCAUCGAUAGACGCGGACUUACUGAGCAAGAUAGAGGAUAACCAAUUUGUUGGCGGUCGCCCGUUUGUCACGAAUCAGAAACUCGUCUCAGCGUGCAGUGAAAGACUUGUACAAAUGAGGUCGCAGAAGAAAAUCGACGCCAGGGGCGACGCCAGGAGCGUUUUGACUGAUUUUCUGUUCGAAUCAGACCCUCACGGAGGUGGAAGAGUACGGAUAAAAGCACGCAUUUUCAAGAAGUAUCUUUGCUUCAGUCGUCGGGGACGACUUAUAUCAAGGACAAACGGCAGAAGCUUGCAAUGUGUGUUCAGGGAAGAGCCGCACAACGGCCGCAUCAAACUGCAGUCGGCCGCCAACCCCAGAUGGUACGUGGGCUUCAACAAACGGGGGCGGCGUCUCAAGGGCUACAGCAUGCGGAAAAGAAAGCGACGACAGCCCUGCUACGAAUUUACAAAAUUGCCCAAGAUCAGACAUUGGCAGCACCGGCUGCAAAAUGAGUUCGAGGGAUUCACGAACCCCAGGAACGAUCGGUGACGGUGUGAAGACGAUACCAGAAGUCAAAAACUUCGUAUAACUCUCAUCUAAGAAAGUACUACACACUUUAGUCCUGGCUGAAGAAUGGCUGUUUCUUCUCCCUUCGUCCUAUUUUGGCGCUUACUCGACGCAAAGUAUUUAAUAACAAGACAUAAAACGCAAGAGGAAAGGGGGCAGCUCUGGGACAGAAGUUACUAGACCACGGCAUCCACGGACACCUCGUGUUCCCUUUGUACUCUCAUGUGCUUCUUUUUAUUGAAGGAUUUGCAUUUCGUUUGGUCCCACUGUAUCAGUGACGCACUUGAAAAGACGCCCACCUAAUCUUCAUCUGUGAUAUAUGUUGAUACAGCAGUGAGUACUUCAUGUACAAUCCUGCUCACACAGGCGACCACUCGGCGGAAGGAUAGAUAAUGGAUGGGACACGUCAUCCGUUCUCGUCUUCUACGUCACUUGCGACGUCACAUAUGACGGUUGAUGAGCAUCCUUGGUUCUAGAAAAUUUCUUUUGCAAUGGCUGCUCAAACCUGACAUGUUCCCGAAUCCUCGCUAAGACUUACGCCGGUGACAACUUCCAUCGUUAUAGUCAUUUCGUGCUUAGAAGAAAAUCAACAGCUUUUCUUUCACCAAAGAAAUCUGCUUUAUUUUGUCACUGAUAAAUGACCACCCACUGUGGAUCCAAGAUAUUAUUAAUUUUAGAUGAGAGAAACAAAAGGAGCAAGAAGGCAUAAUAAGGCGAGUUUAUUUCGAACUUUUCCUGCGACAGCCGUUGGGCACAAACAUCUGAAGCAAGUUGGUGAUGAACGAACAAUUUCUACUCUUAGGGUCACCGGAUCUACUGGGAUGUUUAUCAUCUACACAGGUGCUAUCAAAAUAACAUCUUCAACCAAAAACAAAGCUAAAAACAUCUAUGGUCACAGGCGUUAUUAGAUAGCCUUGACCUUUUCUCCAGUGCCUGCGAAACUCAUAGCCUAAACGGGCGACAUUUGGGGCCGUGACAGAGCCGUUCUUCUCCCGUGCCUGCCAGUCGAGGGGAGGGAGAAGCCGGAGAGACGUGGGCCACGGACUUGCUUGCAAUGCCCCAAGACUCUCUCGUCAAUAUUCUGACCUGUACAUACCUCUCUUUACCUCAAAUCGACCUGAAAUAGAUGUUUUCUAUGUAGGUGUAUAAUCCAUAGCCAUGGCCUAAGUGAACUUUAUAUUAUUUUGGUUUCGUUGUUUUGUUCUUUCUUUUUUUCCCCUUGCAUUUUGAGCAGGAAAUGCAAAGUUUAACUGCCAUCGAUGUCUUGAGCUUGUGUGAAAUGGUCAUGUGUCGAAGUCCCCCCCAUUUCCCAAACAACUAUCCGCUCCAAUGUAUUAUGUACUUUAAUAUUAUUAUGAUGGUAUAAAAGCAUAUUGUCUCCUAUGCCUCGCAUUUAAUUUUGUUUAUGUAAAGAACAGAACUGAAAUAAUAAGCAUCUUGACAGACAA